UGCCCUGCGUAGGUGUGGAUUCUCACUGCUUCUCCCAGCCCAUCCAAGAUUCCUCAGUCUGGGAGCAGCAGAGAAGAGGGACCAGCCACUGAAGACUCUUAGGAACGGCAUGGCGAGCAAAUGGAGUGGCUUGGUGCUGAUCAUUUCUGUGUGCCUGGGCUCCUACCAAGCCGGGGCCAGCCCCCUCCACGAGUGUGGCGAGCGGCCGGAGGACUGGUGYCGGGAUGUGGAGACCGCGGCCAAGUGCGGGGCACUGGAGCUGUGCCGGCUCACCGUGUGGGACCGGACGCUGGGGCAGAAGGGGAUACCYUGUCACCUGUGCCAGGUGGCAGUGUCUGUGGUGGGGAAGAUCCUGCAGGACAACCGCACCGAGGAAAAGCUGAGGCUCUUCUUGGAUAAGAGAUGCCAGUACCUGCCCUUCCAGGACUGGUCUGUCAAGUGCAAGAGGAUGGUGGACACCGGCAUCCUUGUCCUUGUCCAGCUGGGCAAGCAAGUGCUGUCGGAACCCAAGGUGGUGUGUGGGACCAUCAAGCUGUGCCAGCGCCGGGACAGACCCAUGGCGACCUUGAAGUUGCAGAAGCCACCACCCACGGGUUCCACUGAGGACUUUGCUGACCUGAUCGCGCCCUUCAUGGCCAACGUGCCCCUCCUGCUCCAUCCCCAGGACCUGCCUCUCGGCGAGGACCAGGAGAUGGAAGAGGUGUGUGGGGACUGUCUGCAGCUGAUGACAGCCGUGCAGCAGGAGCUGGGGACCAACGCUGCCUUCACCUGGGCGCUGGUGGGCCACGCCAAGCGCGUGUGYGAGAGCCUGACMCCUGAGCUGGCACAGCGGUGCAAGCGCUCCCUGGCUGAGUACACGGACACUGCUGCCCAGCUGCUGCACUACGUGCAGGCUGAGGCCCCGAUGGAGCUGUGUGGCCAUCUGGGACUGUGUGCCUCCAGCUCGGCACUGCCCCUCCACACGCUGCUUGCAGAGAAGGUGAUGCAGACSCUGAGCACGCUGGGGGACAGCGUGGGGAACACUCCGCUGUGUGAUGUGUGCCAGUUCACCGUGAAGACAGUAGAGAGUCUCCUGGAGAACAACGUGACGGAGGAACAACUGGUGAACGACAUCGAGAAGGUGUGUUACAUGCUGCCCCACGGCGUCAUCGGACAGUGCAAGGACUUUGUCAACUCGUACGGCAAAGCCGUGGUCAUCAUGCUGCUGSAGGCCACCGACCCCGCGGCCGUGUGCACCAUGCUGCACUGCUGCCCCCRCAGCGGGGACAGCCACCCCGGCGCUGCCUCGCUGGAGCAGCUGGCGGUGAGCGCGGCGAGCUCGGGUGCCUUCUGCAACGUCUGCCAGAUCCUCAUCACCUACUUCGACAACGAGCUGCUCAAGAACGAGACGCUGGAGGAGCUGGGCGAGAUGCUGGAGAAGGGCUGCGCCAUGCUGCCCAUGCCGCUCACUAGCAAGUGUGAAGCGCUGGUGCUGCAGUACGAGCCGGCGGUUGUGCGGCUCUUCGUGCAGAUGAUGGACCCCACCUUCAUCUGCACCAAAAUCAGAGCCUGUGACUCAGGCAAAGAGGAUCUCCUGGGCUCACUCUCCGAGGCUGCCGGAGCGAUCUGCACCGGUUAG